AUGUCGACCAACAACAACAACACUGCCGCGACUACUGCCUCGGACAGCAAUCAGACUGUCGCACUGCUUCCCACGGAGGUGCGGUGCUCAUACCCCAGCAAACUUUGCAACAACCACCGUGCCGUUAAGGACAAUGGUGACCUACACAAGUUGUGCGACUUUCACCGCAAAAAGGCUAACGUGAACCAACAACGAAUGCAACAGAAGCGUCGCCUUAUUCGGCAGCAAAUGAUGGAGCGCAAGAAACGCUUUAUGGACGCAGCACAGGCACCAAUGGAAUACAAUGCUAUCACGAACACGAUGGAGCCUAAGGAACCGAUCUGUAACCUCUCACACGAAGAGGUGAUGAUGCUUGAGGCUAUGCUAUUUGAUGACGAGGAUGGCGAGGGCUACGUGAGCCCUGGCGAGGACUUGGCAUACGCAGCGGGUUAUGCGAUGAACACAUCAGGUAUGUCCUCAAACAUGUCCCUGUAG